GGCGGCGGCCUGGGGGAGACGCGGAUGCGCCCGCGGCUGGCUGGGCUGGGCCUCGCCGGCGGGUAGCCAGGGCCGGGGAGGGGGCGAGCGCCCCUCCCCCCUCUCCUCACGAGGGGGCGGGAAGGCGGGGAGGGGGCUAUGCAGCCGCCUCAGCCGCCCCCCUACGAGUUCCUCAGCGAGGAGAACGGGCAGAAAUGGCGGGGGCUCCUCGUGCCGGCCCUGCGCAAGGUACAGCAGCAAGUCCACCCCAACCUUUCAGCCAAGGAAGAUUCCCUCUACUACAUCGAGGAGUUAAUCCUUCAGUUGCUAAACAAGCUAUGCAUUGCACAGCCACGGACUUUUCAAGAUGUAGAGGAGCGAGUUCAAAAGACGUUUCCUCACCCCAUUGAUAAGUGGGCGAUUGCAGACGCACAGUCCGCUAUUGAGAAGCGGAAACGAAGAAGCCCCCUCUUGCUGCCUGUGGACAAAAUACAUCCUUUAUUAAAGGAGGUGCUUGGCUAUAAAAUAGAUUAUCAUGUGUCCCUUUAUAUCGUGGCUGUCCUGGAGUAUAUUUCGGCGGACAUCUUAAAACUCGCUGGGAAUUAUGUUUUCAACAUACGACAUUUUGAGAUCUCGCAGCAGGACAUUAAAGUAUCGAUGUGCGCUGAUAAGGUGUUAAUGGAUAUGUUUGAUCAGGAUGACAUUGGCUUGGUUUCUCUCUGUGAAGAAGAGCCCUCUUCCUCAGGUGUACUCAAUUACUAUGACCUGGUCAGGACUGAAAUUGCAGACGAAAGACAGUAUCUCCGGGAGCUGAAUCUAAUAAUAAAAGUGUUUAGAGAAGCCUUCCUGUCUAACAGAAAGCUGUUCACACCUAAUGAUAUUGAUAUGAUAUUUAGCAACAUCACAGAUAUCCAUGAACUGACAGUGAAGCUCCUGGGGUUAAUUGAGGACACCGUGGAAAUGACUGAUGAGAGCAGUCCUCACCCCCUGGCUGGAAGUUGUUUUGAGGACCUUGCAGAGGAACAAGCCUUUGACCCGUAUGAGACCUUGUCCCAGGACAUCCUUUCACCGCAAUAUCAUGAACAUUUUAAUCACUUGAUGGCUAAACCUGCUGUGGCUCUUCACUUCCAGUCAAUCGCUGAUGGCUUUAAAGAAGCAGUACAGUAUGUCCUCCCUCGGCUCAUGUUGGUUCCUGUUUAUCACUGUUUGCACUACUUUGAACUGUUACAGCAAUUGCAAUACUGUAGUAAAGAUGUAGAAGACUGCGAAUGCUUGAAACAAGCCAUCACAGCUCUCCUUAAUCUCCAAUGUAGCAUGGAACGCAUCUAUAACAAGCACUCACCUAGACGCCGGCCUGGGGAGCCAGUGUUUUGGUUCUAUAAUCGCCAAGUAAGAAGCAAGCACCUUGCCAUUAAAAAAAUGAAUGAGAUCCAGAAGAACAUCGAUGGCUGGGAAGGCAAAGAUAUUGGCCAGUGCUGUAACGAAUUCAUAAUGGAAGGGACGUUGGCACGAGUUGGAGCCAAACAUGAGCGACACGUCUUUCUUUUCGAUGGCUUAAUGAUCAGCUGCAAAGCCAAUCACGGUCAGUCGCGGCUCCCGGGCUACAGCAAUGCAGAGUACCGACUCAAGGAAAAAAUUGUCAUGCGGAAAGUCCACAUAGUUGAUAAGGAUGACACAUGUGAAUACAAGAACGCCUUUGAACUGGUCCCUAAAGAUGAGAACAGCUUCAUGUUUGCGGCCAAGUCUAGUGAGGAGAAGAACAAUUGGAUGGCUGCAUUGAUCUCCCUGCAAUACCGCAGCACCCUCGACCGAAUGCUGGAUGCAGUGCUCUUGAAAGAGGAGAAUGAACAGCCCCUGCGGCUCCCCAGUCCAAGUGUCUACCGCUUUGCAGUGGAGGACUCCGAGGAGAAUAUCGUUUUUGAAGACAACCUUCAGAGCCGGAACGGAAUUCCCAUUAUCAAAGGUGGAACCGUAGUGAAGCUCAUUGAAAGACUGACCUAUCACAUGUAUGCAGAUCCUAAUUUUGUGCGUACUUUUCUUACCACGUACCGCUCAUUUUGUAAGCCCCAGGAACUCCUAGCUUUGUUGACAGAACGAUUUGAAAUCCCAGAGCCUGAGCCAACAGAAGCUGAUAGGCUGGCAAUAGAGAAAGGAGAACAGCCAAUCAGUGCAGACCUUAAAAGAUUUCGCAAAGAAUAUGUCCAGCCAGUGCAACUCAGGAUAUUAAAUGUGUUUCGGCACUGGGUGGAACACCAUUAUUAUGACUUUGAGAGAGAUCAGGAGCUGCUUGAUAAAUUGGAAACAUUUAUUUCCACUGUAAGAGGCAAAUCCAUGAAGAAGUGGGUGGAAUCCAUUGUCAAGAUCAUCAGGAGGAAGAAGCAAGCUCAUGCAAACGGCAUUAGCCACAACAUAACCUUUGAGAGCCCCCCACCCCCAAUUGAGUGGCACAUCAGCCGCCAGUUUGAGACGUUUGACCUCAUGACGCUGCACCCCAUAGAGAUUGCUCGGCAGCUGACUCUCCUAGAAUCUGAUCUCUACAGGGCUGUCCAGCCAUCUGAACUUGUUGGGAGUGUAUGGACAAAAGAAGAUAAAGAAAUUAAUUCUCCAAAUCUGCUGAAAAUGAUUAGGCAUACCACAAACCUUACGCUUUGGUUUGAAAAGUGCAUUGUGGAAACAGAGAACUUUGAAGAGCGAGUGGCCAUUUUGGGCAGGAUUAUAGAAAUCUUGCAGGUUUUCCAAGACUUGAAUAAUUUUAAUGGUGUGUUGGAGAUUGUAAGUGCAAUGAAUUCUGUCUCCGUGUACAGAUUGGAUCACACAUUUGAGGCACUGCAGGAAAGAAAAAAGAAAAUUUUGGAUGAAGCAGUAGAAUUAAGUCAAGAUCACUUUAAAAAAUACCUUGCUAAACUCAAGUCAAUCAACCCACCCUGUGUGCCUUUCUUUGGAAUAUACUUAACAAAUAUUCUGAAGACUGAGGAAGGGAAUCCCGACUUCCUUAAAAGACAAGGGAAAGGAUUAAUCAACUUCAGCAAGAGGAGGAAAGUGGCUGAAAUCACAGGAGAAAUCCAGCAGUAUCAAAACCAGCCAUAUUGCUUACGGGUCGAACCAGACAUACGGAGGUUCUUUGAAAAUCUGAACCCCAUGGGAAGCUCCCCAGAGAAAGAAUUUACAGACUACUUGUUCAACAAAUCGCUGGAGAUUGAGCCUCGGAACUGCAAGCAGCCCCCUAGAUAUCCCAGGAAAACAAACUACUCUCUGAAAUCUCCUGGAAUAAGGCCCAAUGCCGGCAGGCACAGCUCCACGUCGGGCACAUUGAGGGGCCACCCAACGCCUCUUGAAAAGGAGCCCUACAAGAUCAGUUUCAGUAGAAUUACGGAAGCCGAACACGAGUCUGCAGCGUCAGCACCAACCUCGCCAGUCAUCCCAUCCACCCCGCCGGUGUCUGCAUCUUCAGACCUCAGCGUGUUCCUAGACAUGGAUCUCAACAGCUCUUAUGGUAGCAACAACAGCAUAUUUGCGCCUGUCUUUUUGCCGCAAUCAAAGUCAUUCUUCAGCUCAUGUGGGAGUUUGCAUAGAUUAAGUGAAGAGGCUCUGGUUCCUCCGCCUCUGCCUCCUCGCAAGAAGUUUGAUCACGAUUCUUUGAACGCCAAGGGCGGUUCCAGAUCCGAUGAUGAUCCUCCCGCUAUCCCCCCCAGACACCCACCUCCUCCAAAGAUACAGCCCCGAGUCCCAGCUUACACUGGUCUGCUGCUAAGCCCUCCGCCGCCGCCUCCCAGGGACCCGCCUCCUCUUCCUGACACCCCUCCUCCAGUGCCCCUUCGCCCUCCAGAGCACUUUGUGAACUGUUCCUUCAAUCUCCAGCCGCCACCCGUGGGACGCUUUCACAGGGACCCCGACCGGCUGCGGGAAGCCAGCACGUGCCCGAACUCGCCCAACACUCCUCCCAGCACCCCGUCGCCUCGCGUGCUGCGGCGCUGCUGUGCGCUCAGCCCGAAUCCCAACAGCCUUGCGGCUCCCCCGGUCCCACCGCGCCACAACUCCAGCCCUCUGCUGCCCAAACUGCCACCAAAGACUUACAAGAGGGAGCUGUCCCACCCUCCUUUGCACAGACACUCUUUGCUCGAGAACGCGGAAACUCCUCAAUGACCUUCCCAGCAGUAGUCGUGGACACUGGAACCGUAGCUGUAAAGUCCCCGUUUUCUUUUAAUUUAUUCCAGCGAGGCAGUGGAUUUGGAAAGUUAACGCUUAUACGCUGCUGGUCGUUCUCAAGCAUCGGAGCAGCAAGAACAACCUCCUGCCGCCCUCAGCCUUCAUACCCACUUGCAACAGCGUUCUCCUCAGGGGAUCAGUAGCACUGCCUCCUCCUCCUCAGUGCCGACCGUUUUGCCAGUACAAAGAAUAUAGAUUUUUGCACUGUAAAUGACACACUACACUACUUCUAAACUGACAUCAGUUCAUUGCACUGAGCCAAAAAAAAAAUUAUGGUUGCUAGUGGGAUAUUUUAUUUCCAAACUGGAGCACGUGCAACCUUUUCUACAUAUGUAUUUUUUAAAAAGACGUAGGUUCUCCCGAGCAAGGCUCACUGGGUUGCAUUGAAUUAUUUCCAGCGGGUCUUGCUUGGGAGACUGCCUAGUGGGUUGUACCUCCAAAUGGUAGAAUCCCCACCAAAGCAUGAAGAUGUAUAUCAUGUUUCUGAUAUUUCUUUAAAAAGCAACAGCUCUUCAGCUACCUGCCUUUCAGAAAAUAUCUAUAAAUAUAAAUUCUAAGAGGUUUGUGAAUGACCAUUACUACUGUUCUCAAGCAUUAGUGGAUAACAUGUCUUAUUUCCCAUGGAUUUUGCUGCUGAAGACUUAGAAGGGAUAGGUAACUGAAGAAGAGUAGAACAUGCACUACAAAUGUUCUGCUUAACCAUGAGCAGAGCAGGGCGGCCUCAUCCAGUUUAGCAGAUAGUAUUUAGCAUGUGUCAGGUCGUGCCUUUAUUUGUUCAGGCAAGUGGAGAUGUCUUAAGCUAAAAAAGUUGCCUGCUGUUUCGGCGAACAAAGCUAUUACGCCAUAUUAUGUACAGUUGUUUAUAGUGUAUAUUUACAGAUUGAUAACCUGUAUACAUUUCUGUGAUCUGAGGCCUAUUCUGCAGUCUGUUACUCCAGUACACUAUCGUAAGCAUUUUCCUGCAUACCAGGAAAAAAGUUUUUGCCUUCCAGACUCAAAGCAACUUCAGUUAGGUUUUCGCUUUCGUUUCAUUAUGAGGUCCCCCUUGGGAAAUGUGGUGUUUAAACCAGCAAAUACCGAAUUUCUUUAUCCGGACCUUUUUUGAAACUUAAAAAAACAAGGGAGACCUUCAUUUGCCCAGCAGAGCUCUGCGUUCUUGAGCUACAGCUGGCAACCUGAGUCUGGUCCAAGUACUGUAGAAACCAGAAGCCUUUUCUUGACUGGACUGUGGCCUUUUACUGUGCUUUGUAUCAGAGUUCUUAACCAGAUUAAUAAAUCAAUUUGGUCUUAAUUUUUAA